GCUUUGGAAAACGGGGACGACGACUAUCGUGACUACCUGGGUGGCCUGCAACCACCGCCUUUCGCACCCUCGGUGGUGAUCCAGAGGCCCGUGCAGUCGACUUUGGGACAGCCGAAGUCCACCGUGGAGGAUGCCGAAAAGCGGGUACAAGCCAAGCUGGAAAGCAAGGGCGCGGAUGCCCGCGCGCCUCCCAAACCCAAGGGCGCCUGGGAACGGCCGGAGGUGGGAGAGAUGGAGGAGUUCGUCCCGGCCUACCUUCUGCGCGGUCUGAUCCCGGCCAGCCUCCUUCAGUCCCACGACUUCUGGCAAAAUACCGGGCCCAGCUGCAGGCUGGUCGGGUAUGGGAAGGAGGAGAUUGUGGUGGAGCUCCUUCCUCGUGCCACCAUCCAGGGUGUGGGCAUGGAAGGGCCUUUUGACUCGACCGACGAGCCGGCGGCAUCGGCCCGAAUCACGAUGAGCCUGGCAAGCUCUGAAGGAGGAGAGGUGGAGCCUCACCUGUUGCUGAACAUGAUGACGGCCCCGAAAGGGACGCCACUUCACUCUGUAGCUCGUUGGGCCACGCGCUUGGAUGACUUAGCUCAUGUGUUGGCUUGGGGGCGCUGCUCGGAGGCGGACAAGUCCAAACCAACUUGGGCCUCAGCCCCGCUGCGGGUGCUGCAGUUCACUCGUCUUGGCCUGACCUUCUUCAUCCAGGGCGAGGAGGGAAAGCAGCGUCUUGUUUCAGCGGACUUCGGGAACCUGAGCGUCCCGCAAGCACCGAUCGCCGAGCAGGUAGCCAAGCUGCUCGCCGGCGUGCCACACUCCGUUGUGCUCUGCGAUGAGAUGCAGGCUUUGCAUGUGCUGGUGCCGCAAGCGCUGCCGGUGAGACCUGCCGUCAAGGGCCGACCCUUCACCACGGACAUUGUUUUUGAGAAGCUGAACAAGUUCGGAAAGCAGUGGAGCUCGAAAGCCAAGGUCACAUACUUCAAGUACGAGGUCCACGUUUCCAAAGGCUUCCUUAUCGCGCCUUCUUUCUCGUCGGCAAUGUAUUUGCUGCUGCUUCGCUUCCUCGCUCGAGAUUAUGCAGGCGUCUGCUCUCUGGUGCACGCUGUCGGUACCGAUGCAGAGCUGAACGACGAAGAGGCUCAAAUACUUCAGGUCCUCGGCCUGGUGGAGGACUCGCACCCGGAUGCCUUGGCCUGUCGCUGCCUGAUUACCCUGGCGGUCAUGCGCAGCCCGGCAGAUGAAUUCGUUUAG